AUGUCGAAGGUAUCACGUGACGCACUCAACGAAGCUGUUGCCGAUGUCCUCAAGGGCGCACAAGAGAAGAAGAGGAAAUUCCGAGAGACUGUCGAGCUACAGAUUGGUCUGAAAAACUACGAUCCCCAGAAGGACAAGCGUUUCAGCGGUUCCGUCAGACUGAAGAGCAUUCCGCGACCGGCAAUGAAAGUGUGUGUCUUUGGAGACCAGCACCAUCUGGAUGAAGCUAAUGCAAAUGGCAUACCAUGCAUGAGUGCCGAUGAUUUGAAGAAGCUCAACAAGAACAAGAAGCUGAUUAAGAAACUAGCAAAGAGUUACGACGCCUUCCUUGCUUCCGAAUCGUUGAUUAAGCAGAUUCCUCGAAUCAUCGGUCCUGGUCUCAACAAAGCCGGAAAGUUCCCUUCUGUUGUUACUCAUGCUGAACCUCUGGCGGCAAAAGUAGAAGAGACUAAAGCAACUAUCAAGUUCCAAAUGAAAAAGGUGUUGUGCCUGUCUGUUGCGGUUGGCCAUGUUGAAAUGAGCCAAGAGGAGCUAGUGUCCAAUAUUUCCUUAUCAAUCAACUUCCUUGUUUCCCUUCUUAAGAAGAACUGGCAGAACGUUCGUUCCCUUAACAUCAAAUCGACGAUGGGCAAAGCCCAACUAGAGCAGACUAGCGAAGGAGAAAUGUCAGUGUCGAAUCGGCAGAUCGUCGCUGUCGUUGGGGAUGCCGAUAUGUCCCUUACCGAUCACUUGGUGAAAGCUGUUGGAAAUGGCAGCACUUCCACGGUAAUUCACUUGGACACCAAAUAUUACCAAACCAGUGUUGGCGUUCGGCAGUUCCGCACUGGUCACGACUUUCUGAAGUUCUACAAACAAGGACCAGAUGUUACUGUUGGAGCAAUUAUUCUCAAGUUGAAUACAAAACAUGAACUGGAGAUUAUGGAAGAAGUUCUCAAAAAGACGAAUUGUGACUCUCACGUGUUGGUCGCCGAUCACAGUUCCAUGGAUAAUUUGAAUUUUGCUCAGUCUUGGGCACAUAACUUCAGAUUUGAGCUAGUAAUACUGGAUCCAGACAUUAGCCAAAUAGAAGAAGCGAACUCGUUAAGUGAACAAUGUGGCAUAAUGCGAUUGGUGGAGGUGCUGGAGAACGUUUCUUGGGAACUUAAAAAGGACAAUUUUAAGAAGGUAACAGGAAAGGAAGGGCUCGAUCGCCUGCUAGCCAUAAUCGAGGGACUGAGCGAAAGCAGUGACGACUCAGAUCUUGAACCUGACGAUGAGGAUAAAGAGGCAAUUUGGCAAGCUUUUUCGUCUUGUGGGUUGCCUCCUUGUAGUUCGGAGACGACAGCUUCAUCAUCCAUAUCAAAACAAAGUGAAUGUGAAGCGUCGGUUACAAUAACGAUUGAGAACAAAAAAAAGGGUUCAUCCAACAAAUUUCAUCGAAAGGAUCCUGAAGGUGAUGUAAACCUCUACAAGGCUCUCAGAGAUACAAGAGAAGCAAAUAUGAAGCAGACGGACUCAGCUAAACGAGCUGACAAUGCUGUAGCGUACCUAUCGAAGUUUUUGAACAUGAAGGAUCUCAAGCUAGAUGAGGAUGAAGAAGCAAAACGACAGAAGAAAACCGACUAG